AGUGGACAUAGGAGGGCAGUGAUGCACGCUAUUCAUAGUAUUUGUCAAUGUAACUGAUAGAGAAGAAGAGUUCAUUCGGGAAGCUGUCUAUUUUUACGAACGAGAAUUGGACUGUCAAACGUUUCUGUCACAAUAUAUAUCAAGAGCCCAUGAGAAGGAGAUGAGUGUCCCAGACUACAUGCAGUGUGCUGAGGACCAUCAGACGGUCCUGGUGGUGGUCCAACCUGUGGGCAUCGUCCCUGAGGACCAGUUCUUCAGGAUCUACAAACGCAUUGCCUCUGUGGCCCAGGUGUCCAUCCGGGACUCCCAGCGGAACCUCUACAUCCGUUACCGCCACCACUACCUCCCGGAGAACAACGAGUGGGGAGACUUCCAGACACACCGCAAGGUGGUGGGACUCAUCUCUGUGACGACCUGUGGUUCGGCUAAAGAGUGGCCCCAGACGUUGGACCGUUUCCACAGUCAGAAGGAGGUGUUCGGAGCCACACUGUACGACUCCCGGCUCCUGGUGUUCGGGCUGCAGGGGGAGAUAGCAGAGCAGCAGAGGACGGAUGUGGCCUUCUACUCUAGCUAUGAGGACUGUCCCAAUGUGGAGAAAAGGGUGGAGGACUUUGUGGAGUCUAUCUUCAUUGUGCUGGAGUCCAAGAGGCUGGAUAGAGCCACAGACAAGUCUGGGGAUAAGAUACCACUGCUCUGUGUUCCCUUUGAGAAGAAAGACUUUGUGGGGCUGGACACUGAUAGCAGGCACUAUAAGAAGCGUUGCCAGGGCCGUAUGAGGAAGCACGUUGGGGACCUGUGUUUGCAGGCAGGCAUGUUGCAGGAUGCCCUGGUCCACUAUCACAUGGCUGUGGAGCUGCUCCGCUCUGUCAAUGACUUCCUGUGGCUGGGGGCUGCGUUAGAGGGCCUGUGUUCAGCCUCUGUUAUCUUCCACUACCCUGGAGGAACAGCAGGGAAGGCUUCUGGACGCAAACCCAGCCUGGCACAGGGCCAGGGACAGGCAGCCGACGCAGGGAAGAGACACCGGCCAGGGGCACAGGAGGUACUCAUUGACCCAGGUGCCCUCACAGCCAAUGGGAUCAGUGCAGACACCAGCAGUGAGAUCGGUCGGGCCAAGAACUGCCUGGGCCCUGAGGACAUCAUAGAGAAAUACAAGGAGGCCAUCUCCUACUAUGGCAAGUAUAAGAAUGCAGGCGUGAUAGAGCUGGAGGCGUGUGUGAAGGCAGUCAGGGUGCUAGCCAUUCAGAAGAGGGCCAUGGAGGCCUCAGAGUUCCUCCAGAAUGCUGUCUACAUCAACCUGGGACAGCUGUCAGAGGAAGAGAAGAUCCAGCGUUACAGCAUCCUCUCUGAGCUCUACCACCUGAUUGGUUUCCACCGUAAAUCAGCCUUCUUCAAGCGGGUAGCAGCCAUGCAGUGUGUGGCCCCCACCAUCCCAGAGCCUGGCUGGAGGGCCUGCUACAAGCUGCUGCUGGAGACCCUGCCUGGAUACAGCCUCUCCCUUGACCCCAAAGACUUCAGCAAAGGUUCCCACCGUGGCUGGGCGGCGGUACAGAUGCGUCUGCUCCAUGAGCUGGUGUACGCAUCCCGUCGUAUGGGAAACCCCGGCCUGUCUGUCCGCCACCUCUCCUUUCUGCUCCAGACCAUGCUGGACUUCCUCUCAGACCAAGAGAAGAAGGAGGUGACUCAGAGUCUGGAGAACUACACAUCUAAAUGUCCAGGGGGAAUGGAGGUUCUCACCCUGCCUGAUGGCCUCAAACUGCCCCCUGUAGCCUUCACCAAGCUACCCAUCAUCAGAUCAGUAAAGCUGCUGGAUCUGCCCGUCAGCCUGCGCCCCCACAAACAGAAAGGCCUCCUGGAAAACAACAUGUCCACCAAGAGUCCCUUCAUCUACUCUCCCAUCAUCAUGCACACCAGAGGAGAGGAGCGCAAUAAGAAGAUAGAGUUCCAGUGGGUCCAGGGAGAAGUGUGUGAGGUCCAGCUGAUGGUCUACAACCCCAUGCCCUUUGAACUCCGUGUGGAGCACAUGGGUUUGCUGACAUCGGGUGUUGAGUUUGAGGCCCUGCCUGCUGCCCUGUCCCUGCCUGCUGAGUCUGGGCUCUACCCAGUCACCCUGGUGGGGGUCCCGCGCACCGCAGGCAACAUCACCGUCAACGGCUACCACACGUCAGUGUUUGGUGUGACCAGUGACUGUCUCCUGGAGGGUCUACCCAGUGUGUUGACCAGUGGCUGUGUGGUGGAGGUCAUUCCAUCAUUACCCCGUCUCCAGCUCAGCACCUCUCUACCACGGUCGGCCCAUCCCCUCCAGCCCUCUAAAGAGGAGUUGUCCAGCAGUGUGUCUGUCCAGCUGUUUAACGGAGAGACCCAGCAUCUGACCAUCACUCUGGAAAACAUUGGCUCUGAAGACCUGGAGACGCUGGAGGUCGCCUCCAAGACCUGUAAUACUAAAGAGAAGUUGUUUGGAGAGUUCCUGAGCUGGGACCUAGACGAGGCUGUGUCUCAGCUGCCUCUGAAGCCAGGCCAGUCUGUCACCCUCACCGUCAACAUCAAAGUCAGACUGGACUUCUCUGGAGGAGAGAACCUGCUACAGGACCUCAACGAUGAUGGCAUCAGUAUGACAGGCCUUCCCAUCUCCAGCCCCCUGAGACAAGUCCUCAAACCCCGGGCUGAGACCAAGCCCCUGGGCAGCGAGUCCAGCAAGACAGACUACAACCACGUCAAGACGUUGGAAGCUGUGAUGACGUUUAAGUACUCGGGGGGAGCAGGCAAGGUGGAGGGCUACUAUCGGGACCUGACCCUGGGAGUGCAUGUUGACAUAGAACCCUCUGUGUUCUUCACCAGAGUCAGCACACUACCAGCCACCAGAACCCGUCAGUGCCACCUGCUGCUGGAUGUAUUCAAUUCAACAGAACAUGAGCUGACGGUCAGCGCCAACAACAACCAGGACCUAGUGCUGCACGCCUCAGAGUGUCAGAGGAUGGCGAUCCAGGUGGAUAAGUUUGACUUUGACACUUUGCCCCAGCCAGACCAGGAGGCCUUGCGCUACACCAACCCCAAACUACUGGAGGAGGAGAGGCUUCACGCCCAGGCCUCUAUGAUCAACAGUACCCUGGGCAUCACCUGGAACAUCCCGUCUGUCCGUCGCCAGGGAGAGGCCAGUGUGGAGGGAGUCCUCAACCAGUUGGUCCUCGAGCACCUGCAGCUGGCACCUCUACAGUGGGACGUGGUGGUGAACGGGAAACCGUGUGACUGUGACAUCAUCGCCGACUGUAGGGUGGGCGACGCCGUGCCAUUGGAGGUGAAACUGACCAAUCGUAGUAAGAACGCGGUCGGACCGUUCGCCCUGACCGUGGUUCCCUUCCAGGACUACCAGAACGGAGUUCAGAACUAUGACUUGCAGGACGCAGUCACCUUCAUAGGAUCUAACACCUUCUACAUAGACACGGUGAAGCCCACAGAGAACUCUGUGUGUAUGGGCGCCCUCCUGUUCCUCUACACUGGAGACUUCUACCUCAACAUCAAGUUCCAGGAUGACAGUGCUGGCCAGGGAAAGGAGCUGCCCCCAUCCUGGUUCGGCCUGCCCAGCGUGCACAUCAAAGCCCUGGAGGCACCCAUAGAGGCUGGGGCAUAGAGCCUGGCACUCUAUCCCUGAAUAUCAAACGUCCUUUUCUCGAUCCUCCUAGUCUCUAAACAUCAGACGUAAACGAGGAGAGACAGGUUCACCCACUUACUGCACACACCGCUGAAGGCAUGGAUGGAUGGAGCAUUCGAGGAGAGGACAUUGGACUAAAUAUUCUAGCGGUUAGCUGAUGUCACUCAAUCAUUUGUAAAUAGCUGCUAUAACUCUGAGGUAUUUGUGUGUACUCUCUGUUAAAGCAUGUAGGAUACAGUAGAUCUUACUGGAAAUUUUGGAAAUCACCUUCAAAAUCACGUGAUGAAUUUCAUCACCAUAAUCAUUGAAAAGUGUCGGUCGUGGACUUUUUGUAUUGUUCGUGUGAAAAGGUCACCUCUUUCCUGCUUUUCACUCAGCUUCCCAUUGAUGCAUGGCACUGUACCGUCCUGAUGCGCUCCAAAUGGGAGAAGUGUGUCCGGUCAAGUUCUGUGUUGUGUGUCCAACCCUUCUCUCACAACAAUCUGUCUGAGCGGCACCGUAGAGAUACUCUCAUGUAAACAUGGUUACCAAGCAGAAUCCUCCUGGUUAUAUGAUCCUAUUUCUAUCUCUAUGGAAAUACGGUCAUAUAUUCUGAGCUUUUAUUCCACCACAUGAUCACAUCUAUUGCUUUGUGCUACUGCCAUUAGCUUGAUCUCUCUCUCUCUCGCUCUCCCUCUCUCUCGCGCUCUCUCGCUCGCUCUCUCUCUCUCGCUCGCGCUCUCUCUCUCGCUCUCUCGCUCUCGCUCGCUCUCUCUCUCGCUCUCUCGCUCUCGCUCGCUCUCUCGCUCGCUCUCUCUCUCGCUCUCUCGCUCCGUAAACAUGGAUUUUUACUACUGAACUUGUAUAUUUGGGCCUCUGUAUCAUGGUCUAUCAAUAAAAUCCUACAAUGCAUGUUCACAAUAAAUGUUGAGUUUAGCCAACUCCUGAAA